AUGCUCUUUGCCAUAGAGGAGAUUAAUAACAGUACAGACCUGCUGCCCGGCAUCUCUUUGGGAUAUAAGAUCUAUGAUGUCUGUGGCUCCAUUGCCAGAGGUGUGAGGGUUACACUGGCUUUGGCUAAUGGUAAUGAGGAAUUAUCUGCACCCUCCCAGGAACCAUGUACCAAGCCAGCCCAAGUGCAGGCCAUUAUGGGAGAGACCUCCUCCUCUCCUUGCAUGGCUAUAGCCACUGUAAUCGGACCCUUUAGUAUCCCACUGAUCAGCCACUUUGCCACGUGUGCUUGUCUCAGUGAUAAAACCAAGUACCCAUCCUUCCUCAGGACAAUACCCAGUGACUACUACCAGAGCAGAGCCCUGGCACAGUUGGUCAAGCACUUUGGUUGGACUUGGGUUGGGGCUGUGAGAACAAAUGAUGAUUAUGGGAACAAUGGCAUGGCCACAUUUACAGAAACAGCCCAGCAGCUGGGCAUCUGUCUGGAAUACUCUGUGUCUUUGUUUAGAACAGAUCCACCAGACAAAAUACAAAAGAUAAUUGACAUUAUCAAAGCUUCCACUUCCAAGGUGAUUGUCACUUUCCUCUCCCACAUGGAUAUUGAUAUGCUAAUACAUGAGAUGUCUCAACACAACUUGACUGGGUACCAGUGGGUAGGGACUGAGGCCUGGAUCUCUGAUUCCCAAACUGCAGCCAUGGAUAAGCAUCACAUUCUGGAUGGUGCCAUAGGCCUGUCCAUCCCCAAAGCACAUGUCAGUGGCAUGAGAGAGUUUAUAUUGGAUGUGAAGCCUCUCAAUACAUCUGGUAAUGAAAUGUUUACAGAGCUGUGGGAGACGUUAUUCAGCUGUAAGUUCAAGCAGUCAAAGUCAUCCACAGAGAAUCAGAGAGAAUGUACUGGACAUGAGGAUCUGACUGGAGUGCAGAACAGCUUCACUGAUAUGUCGCUCAUGCCGAUUUUUAUCAAUGUCUAUAAAGGAGUGUAUGCUGUGGCUCACGCACUUCACAGUAUGCUCAGCUGUAAUAAAACAUGUAACAAGAUGCAGCUAGAUCCAUAUACGAUUUUACAACACAUAAAAAGGAUUAAUUUCAAAACAAAGGAAGGAGAGGAGGUUUACUUUAAUGAGAAUGGAGACCCAGCAGCAAAGUAUGAAAUUAUAAACUGGCAGCCAACAGAAAAUGGCAUUGUGGACUUUGUCUCAGUUGGUCUUUAUGAUGCAUCUUUACCUGCAGACAAACAGCUGAAUCUGCAAAAUAAGUCUUUAAUUUGGGCAAACAACUCACAACAGGUGCCUGUGUCAGUUUGCAGUGAGAAGUGUCGUCCAGGAACUCGCAAGGUUCUCCAGAAAGGAAAGCCUGUCUGCUGCUAUGACUGUUUAACAUGUGCAGAGGGAGAAAUAAGCAACAUUACAGAUUCUGUCACCUGUCUGAGAUGCCACCCUGAGUUCUGGUCAAAUGACAGAAGAGAUGCCUGUGUAAAGAAGGAGAAAGAGUUUCUAUCAUAUGAAGAGAUAAUGGGAGCACUGCUCACUGCAGCGUCCUUGCUGGGAACAUGCAUCACUGCUGUUGUGGCAUUCAUUUUCUUCAGAUACAGGAAAACUCCUAUUGUUAGGGCCAACAACUCUGAGCUGAGCUUCCUGCUGCUCUUCUCCUUGACUCUGUGUUUCCUGUGUUCUCUGACCUUCAUCGGCCGGCCCUCUGAGUGGUCCUGCAUGCUGCGACACACAGCAUUUGGCAUCACCUUUGUCCUCUGUAUCUCAUGUGUUCUGGGGAAAACUAUAGUGGUGUUAAUGGCCUUCAGGGCAACACUUCCUGGUAGUAAUGUGAUGAAAUGGUUUGGGCCUGCACAGCAGAGGCUCAGUGUUCUGGGUUUCACUGUUGUACAAGUAAUCAUAUGUAUCCUCUGGUUAACAAUUUCACCUCCUUUUCCAUUUAAUAACUUUAAAGACUUCAAGGACAAAAUUAUUUUAGAGUGUGCUCUGGGUUCAGCUGUAGGCUUUUGGGCUGUUCUUGGGUACAUCGGACUUCUGGCCAUGUUCUGUUUUAUUCUUGCGUUUCUGGCCCGAAAACUGCCUGAUAAUUUCAAUGAAGCCAAAUAUAUCACUUUUAGCAUGCUGAUAUUCUGUGCAGUAUGGAUCACCUUUAUUCCAGCAUAUGUCAGCUCCCCUGGGAAGUUCAGUGUUGCUGUGGAGAUAUUUGCUAUUCUGGCCUCCAGUUUUGGACUGCUCAUUUGUAUAUUUGCUCCAAAAUGUUAUGUUAUCUUACUGAAACCAGAGAAGAAUACAAAAAAGAACAUGAUGGGGAAGGGGGCACACCACAACCAACAAUGCCAAAUAAUACCAGGGUCCAUGUCCCUUCCUGUGCUGGAGAAAAAGGGGGACAUCAUCUUCGGGGGACUCUUCUCCCUUCAUGACAUGGUGGUGGAGCCCAGUCUGUCCUUUACUUCUAAGCCUCUUCCAGCACAGUGCACCAGAUUUAACUUUCGGACUUUCCGUUGGAUGCAAACUAUGAUCUUUGCCAUUGAGGAGAUCAACAGAGAUGGCAAGCUCCUUCCCAACAUCACACUGGGCUAUAAGAUCUAUGAUUCAUGCAGUACACCCCAUCAGGCUCUGAAGGCUGCCAUGGAGUUAGUGGGGAGUGACAAGGAUUCAGAGAUUGAAGAAGAAACACAAAGUAAAGGCACCUGUCGUGGGACCGUACCAGCAGUGAUAGGAGAUGGAGGCUCUACUCAGUCUCUUGUUGUGGCCCGUUUCCUGGGAGUCUUCCAUGUGCCACAGGUUAGUUAUUUCUCCAGCUGUGCCUGUCUCAGUGACAAAAAUGAGUUUCCUGCCUUUUUAAGGACCAUGCCCAGUGACUUUUUCCAGGUAGAUGCACUAGUACAACUUGUCAAGCAUUUUGGCUGGACUUGGGUGGGUGUCAUAGCAGGAGAUGAUGCCUAUGGCCGUGGUGGGGCAAACAUCUUUGUCAACGAGGUUAGAAAACUGGGUGCUUGCAUUGCCCUUCAUGAAGUCAUCCCUAAAAACCGAGCACAGACCACCAUUUCGUCUAUCAUAUCAAAGAUCCGUUCCUCUGGGGCUCGGGUGAUUCUAGUGUUUGCUGUGGAACAAGAUGCAGCCGCAUUGUUUGAUGAAGCUCUCAGGCAUGACACUUAUGGGCUGACUGGGAUACAGUGGCUGGCCAGUGAGGCCUGGAGCACAGCAGCUGUCCUCUCCACCCCCAAAAAGUACCACCACAUCCUCCAGGGUUCUAUGGGAUUUGCCAUUCGGCGAGCACACAUCCCCAGACUACAGGACUUUCUGCUUCGCUUGCACCCCUCGAGCCCAGAUGCCCUUGCAGAUCCCUUCCUGAAACCCUUCUGGGAAGAGGUGUUUCAGUGCAGCCUGGGUGUGCAGGAUGAAGGUCAAGAACAUAAUGACGAGGGUAAACCUCCAUGCUCUGGAGCAGAAGACCUGAGGAGUGUAAAGAAUAUCUAUUCAGAUGUGUCACAGCUAAGGAUUUCCUACAAUGUCUAUAAGGCCGUGUAUGCCAUCGUCCAUGCACUCAAGGCUAUGAGAAGCUGUGUGAAAGGAAAAGGGCCAUUUCAUCUGCAGGCCUGCCCAGAUACAGACAAUAUACAGCCAUGGCAGCUACUUCAUUACAUAAAGCAGGUGGAAUACUUGAACUCAUUUGGUGAUGAAACCAAGUUUGAUGAAAAUGGUGAUCCUGCAGCCAUGUAUGACCUUGUGAACUGGCAGCUAAGUCCCAAAGGAGAAAUGGAGUUUGUCACAAUUGGCAAAUUUGAUGAGACGACCUCAGUAGGAAAGCAAAAACUCCAGAUCGAGGAAGAUAUGAUUGUAUGGAAUGGCAAUCAAACCGAAAUUCCCUUGUCAGUAUGCAGCAGCAUUUGUCCCCCAGGUACCCGGAAGGCAAUCAGACCUAACUUCCCUAUCUGCUGCCAUGAUUGUGUGGUUUGCACAGCUGGGGAGAUUAGCAAUCAGACUGAUGCCAUAGAGUGUGUGCGCUGCCUGACAGAGUUCUGGUCCAAUGAUGGAAGGACAGCCUGUAUCCCCAAACAGGUGGAGUUCCUCUCCUUUAGCGACACCAUGGGCAUCACCCUGAUGGCUAUUUCUCUCCUUGGCUCCUUCUGCACCUGUGUUGUGGUCGUCAUAUUCUCUUGUCACAGAACCACCCCGAUUGUCAGGGCCAACAACUCUGAGCUGAGCUUCCUGCUGCUCUUCUCCUUGACUCUGUGUUUCCUGUGUUCUCUGACCUUCAUCGGCCGGCCCUCUGAGUGGUCCUGCAUGCUGCGACACACGGCAUUUGGCAUCACCUUUGUCCUUUGCAUGUCUUGUAUUCUGGGGAAAACUAUAGUGGUGCUAAUGGCCUUCAAGGCUACACUUCCAGGCAGUAAUGUAAUGAAAUGGUUUGGGCCUGCACAGCAAAAGGCAAUCAUUACCGUUUGUACACUGGUCCAGGUAAUAAUCUGUACAGUGUGGCUGGUUGUUGCUCCUCCCACUCCACACCGACUGAUCCCACGCGAAAGCGUUAUUGUCAUUCUCUUGUGUGAUGAAGGUUCACCUGUAGCAUUCGCUCUCGUCCUGGGCUACAUCGGCCUGCUGGCCUGCCUCUGCCUUCUCUUGGCCUUCCUGGCAAGGAAGCUGCCAGAUAACUUCAACGAGGCAAGGCUCAUCACUUUCAGCAUGCUCAUUUUUUGUGCAGUGUGGAUAGCCUUUGUUCCUGCCUACAUUAGUUCUCCAGGGAAGUACUCCACAGCCACAGAGGUGUUUGCUAUACUGGCCUCCAGUUAUGGACUACUGGCCUGCAUCUUUGCACCAAAGUGCUACAUUAUCCUACUAAGGCCAGAAAAGAACACAUGGAAACACCUGAUGUCGAAAGCUGCCACUGACAAAUUCUAG